CCACACUUUAAUUGCAGAGAAGACUCUCCUUGUCUGCUUGCUUCUCCACCUCCAUUCCUUUUGCUCGUUGUGCAUCUGCAAUUGUAAUUGAUAUUGCAAGCGCGACUUUGCCCGUCGACGCGUAGGGUGAAGCCGCACUUUCUGGGUCAAGCAACUACCCCUACUCCUCCCUCCUGAGACCAAACACCACCUUACACCGGCGGGCAUCCUCGCCUCCACAGCAAGGCAAACCAUGGAUAUCGUCCUCGAGCUGUUCGACACCUUUCUAUUUGAUUCCAUCUAUGCGACUCUCUUGCCGGCCCAAUUCUCCCCCGUCGACGCCAAUGCUACUCUCUCCAGCAUCAGGGGGCAGCCUACCAAUUACCAACCCACUGCGUGGCAAUAUGCUCCAGCGAGUGACUAUAUAUCCUUCGAGCCGGGAAAAUACGCGUACCUCAGUCAAUGGGCCCGUAAUGACUGGCGCCGGCAGCUUUUGAGCCUGUAUAUCAUCACCUGGAUAUUUGGUCUAAUUGUCUACUUUGUCUUCGCGACAUUCUCCUACGUCUUCAUCUUCGAUAAAGCCACCUUCCAUCACCCGAAAUACCUCAAGAAUCAGAUCCGCCUUGAGAUAAGCCAAACCAAUGUCUCCCUGCCGUUGAUGGCCAUUUUAACAGCUCCUAUUUUCUUCUUGGAGGUUCGCGGCUACUCGAAGCUGUAUGACAAGACUGCUGAUGGCCCGGGAGUGUGGUAUAAUUAUUUGCAGUUCCCCUUCUUCAUCUGCUUCACCGACUUUUUCAUCUACUGGAUCCAUCGUGGUCUGCACCACCCAUUGAUUUACAAGAAUCUUCACAAGCCGCAUCACAAAUGGAUCAUGCCUACACCAUUUGCGUCGCAUGCUUUCCAUCCUCUGGACGGCUUUGCGCAGGGCAUCCCUUAUCACGUCUUUGUCUUCCUGUUCCCGCUCCAGAAGUUUGCCUACGUGUUCCUUUUCGUCCUGGUCAACGUCUGGACUGUUCUUAUCCACGACGGAGAAUAUGUCGCCGACAAUCCGAUUAUUAACGGUGCCGCUUGCCACACCAUGCACCAUUUGUACUUCAACUUCAACUACGGUCAGUUCACAACCAUUUGGGACCGCAUGGGAGGCAGCUACAGAAAGCCAAACGACGAACUCUUCCGGAAAGAGCUCAAGUUCUGCCAAGCGGAGUGGAAGAGGCAGACUGCCGAGAUGGAGAAGAUUGUCAAAGCCGUCGAGGGUGAAGACGACCGACAGUAUCUUCCCGAUGAGACGAAGAAAGUGCGAUAGACUCUCUGCGCCGCAUGGUGUUGUCUUGGCCCUGGUCUAAUAGAAGUACAUGCGGUGGAUAGUUAGAUGGAUCCGUCAGGGUAGAGUCGUGGAUGAUGAAUGCGGUUAAUAAGACAUAAGAGAAGCUCGCGGUAGGUAAAAUCUUAGUUGUACAUACCUUUCGACGCACUCGCUGCACGGAAUCUUUGUGGACAUGGGCCCUAGAGGCCUGUUUUAAUACGGUGUCAAUAGUGGGAAUGGUGGUAAUUGGUAAUGAGGGUGGUAUUUGUGGCGACCGCGCCCUUCACUGUGAAUAUACACGUGUGUCCUUA